GUCCAGUGGUUCCUGUAAUUGAAUGAUUGAUUAACAUCACUCUUCUCUUUCACUCUCCAUCACUCCACCCUCCCCACUCCACUCUCCUCUUUUUUCCUCUCCAUUAUCAUCCAUCAUGUCUGCUGUUAAGACUGCUGCUGCUCACAUUGAUUGGACAAAAUUGUCCACCUCUCUUGGCCUUAAAACCGAGACCGUCGCUGCCCUCAGCGCGUUCCGUAAGCGCAAUGAGGAGGCUCGCCGCGUCUUGACUGAUCUUCAGGAGCAGAAGACCGCUGUUGACUUUGCUCACUACCGCAAGGUUCUCAAGAAUCAGGCUGUUGUUGAUGAGCUUGAGAAGGCCUUCAAGUCCUUCAAGCCUACCACUUAUGAUGUUCAGGCUCAGAUCAAGUCCAUUGAAGCCGUUGAGGCUAAGGCUCUUGAGCGUGCCAAGUCAACUGCCACCAAGGUCGAAUCCGAACUUGCUGAUCUCCAGGCCACCUUGAAGAACAUCGAGACCUCUCGCCCUAUUGAUGAGCUUACCGUCGAUGAUGUCCUUAAAUCUCGCCCCGAGAUCGCCGAGAAGGUUGAUGCUUUGUUGGCUAAGAGCAAGUGGGACACCAAGGGCUACAACGACAAGUUCGGAUAUGUUACUCUUUUCUAAACUAAAUAAUACUUGAAAAUAGUAGAUCAAGUAAUCCGAUAAAGAGAAGGAUAAAAAAUAAAACAAGGUGAAAUUAAAUGUCA